AUGGGAAGCUCGGUGGACAUUGGCGAGGCGGGGUUUAAGUCUUCACUUAACCUGAUGAGGAACACGAUCAUCUCCAUGGACCUGGCAGACCCCAACUCUGAGUCGGCCAAAGAGUUCAAGGAGUUAGUGUGGCAGAUCAUGGUGGAUGCAGGGAAGCCAAACUUGGCAGACUACUUCCCGGUGCUCAAGAGGGUGGACCCACUGGGUGUGAGGCAGAGGAUGACCGGUUACUUCGGGCGGAUGUUCGAUGUUUUCAAUAGGAUCAUCAACGACAGGCUGCAGGACAGGGAGAUCUCAGGCUUUGUGAGGAAGAGUGACAUGUUGGAUGCUCUUCUAGACCUUAGCGAAGAUAAAGGAGGGCAUGGAUCUGUUUCUCAUGAAGCAUCUGACCUUUUCACCGGGGGGAGUGAGACCACGUCAAGUACGUUGGAGUGGCCGAUGGCCGAGUUGCUGCGUAAUCCCGAUAAGUUAUUAAAAGCUCAGGCCGAGCUCAAACAGGUGACUGGUAGGGGCAACGCUGUUGAGAAAUCUGAUAUUGCUCGACUACCGUACUUAAAAGCAAUGGUAAAGGAGACCUUCCGGAUGCACCCAUGGCUCCCACUGCUAGUCCCCUGUAGGGUCGGAGCGACAGUGCAUGUCGGCGGCUGCACCAUCCUGGAGGGUACCCGAAAUCCUGGUCAAUGA